UUGUCCUCUUCCAUGCAUGCGCCGCACCAACUCUGGGUGCUCCAACCUGGCCUGCCGCGGCGUCGUAUACAUACACCCUCCUCACCUUCUCCCUCUGAUCACUGCCUCCUCCAACUCUGGCAUCGGCAUCUGGUGGCGUCGGCAUCGGCUUGUCCCUCUCCUCUGUCUCUCCUCUGGUCUCCUGAGUCCUGAUCCCCCGUGGAGGGUUGGCGGCCAUGGGGAACAACCCGUCGUGCAUACCCCUGGCGCCCGCGGGCGGACGCGGCUGCGCGUCGUCGGCAGCGGCGGCGACCAAGGUGAUCCACGCGGACGGCACGGUGACGCGGCUGGCGAGGCCGGUGCGCGCGUCGGAGCUCAUGCUCGACCACCCGGGCCAGUUCGUCUGCGACUCCGGCCGCCUCGCCGUGGGGUGCCGCGUUCCCGGCGUCGCCGCCGACGAGCUCCUCCGGCCGCGCCACGCCUACUUCCUCCUGCCCAUGGACAUGCUCUACUCCGUGCUCACCGACGAGGAGAUGGCCGCGCUCUCCGAGUCCCACGCCGCCACGGCCGCCGCCUCGGCCUGGAAGAGGAUCACCUUCACCGCCGCCGCCGCACAUCGCGGCGCCCGCGACCGCCACGACCGGCGGAGCGCGAGCGGGGGGUCAACGAAGGACGGAUGCAGCGGUGAUAGCGCCAGGGUCUACCCGAUGCUCGGCCUGCUCGAGGCCGCCGGCGAUCUCACCGCGGAUAAUAAACCUGAAUCACGCGCCGGCGCCGGCAAGUCGAGCGGCGGCAGCGGCGCCGGGCUGAGGCGGCACCGGGCGUGGCAGCCGGUGCUGGACACCAUCGAGGAGGUUCCGUGACGCGGCCGUCGGUGGGUUGACCGGCCGGCCGGGCGCCGCCAGGAGUGAGCAGCUUUGGUUUCGCUGGUGUUAGGCGGGCGGCAGCUAGCUUGAGCUGGCGUCCGAGUGUACAGUAGCUAGCUUCCAGCUAUUCUUUUUUCUCUUCGCCUUUUUCCAUUUUUGUAAAGACAUUCUUUUUUCUACACACGCACCACUGGCAAAUUGAUUGUCAAAUUUUGUGCUCGGGAAACA